CUCUGUAUGUAGGUAACCAUGACUACCGCCUGCCAAAGGCUGCACUCUCAACAGCUCCCUGGCUCCCGCAAUCAGGGGCGGCUGAAAGACAACAGCAGGGACAGAGCUAUUGAACAAGAGAGGGCUUGAACAGCAAGGGCCUGUGGAUACAGUGUGUGCCCGGAUGGACUUGGCCCAGCUAUGGGGGGGUGAUGACCGCGGCCUCUCCCACGUGGAAGGCAGCGACGACUGGGGUGAUGAGUUAGGAGGACUGGGUGUUAUACCCUUCAGUCAUUCCUUCAUCCCUCUCAGAGACUCUAGUCCACUCGUCCUCACCGAUCUGGACAUGUGGGACAGCAGGUCUCACUUUAAAUCUCAGUCCUUAGCAUGGAGUAUGGCAUGUAGGACUGGAGGGUUCCUCUCCAAAAUGAGCACCGGCACCUCCGCUAAUGGCAGAGACAGUGGCUUCAGCAGACAGAGUGACCCAGGGCUGGGUAAAAGAAGAUGGCAGUCGAUGUCUCGCCUGGCCCCCGAGGGCGCCCCCCGGUCCCUCUCCCCUGUCUCCCCAGGGGUUGAGCUGAGAGCAGCCCUGGAAGAGAGUGGCUUUAGGCGAGCAGAGCUGGUGCAGAGGCUGCGGGAGGCCCAUGGACGUCUGGACAGCCAGACAGACCUGCUGAAGAACAGAGACACACAGCCGCAGCAGAGCAGUAGUACUGCACAGCUGCUGGAGAUGAAGCACAAGCAGCUGGCAGAUGCAGUGAGUGCUCUUGAGCAGGAGAAGGAGGCAGCUGAGUUGAGCCGGUUUGAGGAAAGUCGACGUCGAGGAGAACUGCAAGACAAGGUUCUCCGACUGGAGAUGGACAUGUUGAAGAUGAGAUCAAACCUGAGUGUUAUCAAACCUGCGGCCCCAAGAACUAACAACAACCCACUCAGCAGGACCUCACCUGUUACACAACAAGACUUGUUCAGAGAGGAAAAGCACAAAGCAGAGAGAGAGCUGUCCAGACUGAGAAAGGCCCUCAGAGAGGCCGAGGAGAGAGCAGAGGCCCUGGAGACAGAGAGAGACCUUCAGCAACUACACAUCUCUAAAGAGGCUCAGAGGACCGUGUUGAACCAGACAGAGGAAGUGAACCAGAGACUGGGUCGGGCCUUGCAGACCCACAGUGAGCUGCAGGACCAGCUGAGUGAGGCACACAGUAAGCUGGGCCAGGCCACUCUGGAGGGGGACCUUCUGACCUCCAAGGUGUUGCGGCUGGAGGACAGUGUGGAGGACCUGAAGAUCAAGCUGACCACGGCCAUGUCUGACAAGGACCGCUUACUGCAGGAGAAGGCAGACCUGCACCAGCAUGCUCAGGAUCUGGAGCUGCAGUUGGAGAGGGCCCAGAGAGGCAGGGAAGGCUACACGGACCAGGUGUGUGAGCUCAGCAACCAGCUGGCUGAGGCCAAGGCUCACACCAACAGGCAGGGGCAGGACACUGUGCAGAUGAAACAGGAACUUCUGACUGUGACAGAGAUGAAUGAAAAGAUGACAUCAGAGCUGGAGAUGGUCAGACAGAGGCUGGAGUCCUCAUUGGCUCAGCUGCAUGAGCUGGGGGCGGAGAGAGUCAUCCACACCAAUCAGAUCGCAGCUCUGGAGACGGAGCGCUCGCAGCUGAUUGGAGAGAAGCAGGAGUUGACGAGUUCUAUUGGACGGGAUGGAAGACAGGAGGAGGAAGUGACAGAGUUGAGGGAGAGUUGUUGUCAGCUCAGUGAAUCCCAGGAUGCCUUGGAGUCAGAGAACCAGAGGCUGCACGAAUGCUGCCUGACCUUGGAGGCGGAGCUCCUGGAAAAGGAGGAGGGGCUGUGUCAGAAGGGGGAGGAGCUGCAGCGGUUGGAGGCUGAGUCGGCUCAGAACAUGGAGGAGCUGAGGGGUGUGGCCUCACACUGGAGCGAGAAGUGGCAGGAUGUGGCUAUGGCAUUACAAUCCACCCAGGCAGAACUAGAGGAACUCAGAGAGAAGAACCCUGGAGAUACACUUCAAGAGGAGGUGGUACGGCUGAAGGUGGAGGUUGAGAGACUUCAGACACAGGGACAGAGAGACAAGGAAGAGAUUCAGACUCUUCAUCAGCACUGGGCCAGUAAAGAGGCGGAGCUGAGCAGAGUCAUUAAAGAUGCCGGUUCUCUGCUGAAGGUAGAGCUGAACGCUUGUAAACAACAGUUGGAGCUGGAGAGGAGCCGGACUCGGGCUCUACACAACAGACUCAAAGUUAAAGACAACCCUCAUAUCUUGGGUAGGGGAAUGGUAGAAACGUUUGAUAAAGGGACAGAGACAGAUAUACUACCACAGACACGGGAUGAACAGGUCUCGCUGGAGGAGCUGGGCCAGGUGAGGGAAGAGCUACUGAUGGUCUCCCUGGAGGAGGUGGAUGGGGGCCAGGUGUCACAGCUAAAUAGUGAACUUCAGAGGCUGGAGCUGGAAGUGGCAGAGAGAGAAGAGCACCUGAGGGAGAAGGAACAUGCUCUGAGGAGUCUGGAGAGACUGAGAGAUGCCGAGAGGACAGAGACGCAAAUCAAGGUUUCUACACUGGAGUUGAAGUUGAUUAACCUAAAGGAGCAGGCCGGUGGAGAAGGCCUAUGUCAUGGAGGCCAAGAACAAGCUCAGCACACUGACUCACUGAGGUCUCAGCUAGAGGAGAGCAGGAGGAGAGCCAAUCAGCUGCAACAGGAGAGAGACCAGGCAGUUCAGAGGCUACAGACUCUCCGCCGGCUAUAUCAGGCUACGGAACAGAAAGCAGCUGCUGGCAGCAAGAAAGAGAAAACGGUUUGUGUGGAUAACAUAGUGAACCAGGAUAAACAGAGAAGACUGGUAACAGAACAGCUGAAGAGUCUAUUUAAGGAGCGUGAGCAGUUGGGUCAGGUCUAUGGAGGAGGAGGAGGAGGAGGAGUUCUGCAAGACUGGGCACCGAAGUCGAAGGUCAUCAAGAACUGCCUUGACACACUACACAGCCAGAGGAAGAGAGAGAAGGAGCUGAUGAGGGAGCAGCAGCAGUUUGCAGGACUGGGGCCUGUGUCUGAGGAGCAAGAAGAGGAGGACGACCCAGAGAGGGAGGUGGAGGAGGAGGUGACUCGCCUUAGGGAGGAACUCCACAGCAAGACCCACGCGAUGUCAGCGAUGAGUGUGGAAAUCAGCAAUCUGAAAGAGAGAAAUGAAAACCUCCAGAAAGCCAAGCUAAGGUUUCAGCCACAGAUCCAAGGGUUGGGCGCCACAGCGUCUAACUCUUCAGAGAAGACCACGUCAGAGAGCGAGGAGCCUCUUCUAUUGGAGAGAGACAUGCAGAGGGGAUCAUCAUCAUCAUCAUCACCACCACCCCGCUGGGAAGAUGGAGUGUUCCUGGCUAGGCAGGUGCAGAUCGGCAGCCCUGAAUUGGAGGGGGAGGAAGAGGAAGAUGGAGGCUGUGGCUGAUGCAUACCUGGUCCUAAUUUGCUCCCUACCCCUUCCCCUUGGCCCUUAACCACUUCAAGGUUGUCAGAUCUGAAGCAUCUAUAUACGUAGAAGCAGUAUUGUUGUAGAGCUUCCACCAUAUUGCUUCCACCAUAUUGCUUCCACUAUCCUACAGAUCUGCAAACAUUGAAGCUAAUGGAUCCAUCUUCGUGUGAAGUCUUACUAUAGUCAUGCAAUGAUACAAAUCCUAAAAAGGUUGUACAAACCAGUGUUAACGUCAAUCUACUGAUUAGUGGUUAUAAAUGUGGUGCUUUUGUUGAUGAUUUAACAAUGAAACAGGAAGUGAAAUGUGUUCCAUUGAUAAUAGUGAGAUGACGACAACAGAGGAUGAUUUUCUGUAAUACGCCUACGCUAUAUAAGCUAAUGAUCCACAUAUAGGGCUGUGUAAUAGUAGUAAGGUGGCUAAUACAUUAAAACUACAAUGUUACCACAUACAACACAAACAUUCUGGAGGUUUGUGAUUUGCCAAUUUUGUUGUAAUUAAAAAAAUGAUUGCGUUAACUCA